UAUUAAAGAAAAAAUGGCUACCGCUCAGUUGGUUCUUGGUCCUCCAGGGAGUGGAAAAUCCACUUAUUGUGCUGGAAUGAGAGAAUUUCUUUCGUCAAUAGGUAGAAAAGUGUCUGUAGUCAAUCUUGAUCCAGCUAAUGAGAGUCUGCCAUACAAGGAAGAUAUUAAUAUUACAGACUUAGUAAGACUGGAAGAAGUGAUGGAAAGACUUAAACUAGGCCCUAAUGGUGGCUUGGUAUAUUGUAUGGAGUACUUAGAGACUAAUGUUGACUGGUUGGUGAAGGAUAUGGCAGUAAAGGAUGCUUCACAUUAUUAUAUUAUUGACUGUCCAGGCCAAGUAGAGUUGUACACUCACCAUUCAUCUUUGAGAAAUAUUACAAAUAGACUCAAAGAAGAAGGAAUGAAGGCUAGUGAAGGAUUUGUAUUUUUUUUUGUUUUAUUUGUACUUUCCCUGCCUCCUCAGGUUGUAUCAGUUCAUUUAAUAGAUUGUGAGAAUUGUACUGAUCCUUCUAAAUUCAUAUCAUCUCUACUUGUUUCUCUCUCUUGUAUGUUACAAAUUGAAUUGCCCCAUGUUAACAUCCUCACCAAGAUUGACUUAUUAAGCAAAUACAAGGAACUACCUUUUGACAUUGAUUAUUAUACUGAUGUUAUGGAUCUUUCUUAUCUUUUGUCUCUCUUGUCUGAUGAAUCAUUCUUCAACCGAUAUAAGAAACUCAAUGAAGCUAUAAUAAGUAUAGUGGAGGAUCAUAGCUUAGUUUCAUUCUUGACUCUAAGUAUACAGGAUAAAGAGAGUGUUCAUAAAGUUAGUACAGAGAUAGAUAGAGCAAGUGGUUACAUAAUGAAUCAAGAUGAGAGAGAUGCUCUGACUUCUAGUUUCCUCUCGAGUUAUCCUGCUGAAUAUCAGUAUAUGAAAAAUAUGGGAGUCAGAGAAAAAUUGACUGAAAAUAAAGAUUGAUUUCACUUCUACUUUAUUUUUUUC